UGGGACACCGUCCUCAUGACGACAGGGACGAUCGGCGCGAUCGGCAGCGGAUUGGCGAUGCCGAUCAUGACCUUCAUCUUCGCCGAGGUCAUCAACAUCUUCGGGGUCGCCGACCGCGAAUCCAUCGUCCGUGAGGUCUCCAAGGUGGUUCUUAAGUUCGUUUAUUUGGCAGCUGGAUCAGGAAUUGCAUCCUUCUUACAGGUGGCUUGCUGGAUGAUAACCGGAGAAAGGCAGGCAACACGAAUCCGUGGUUUGUACUUGAAAGCAAUACUAAGACAGGAAAUUGGAUUCUUUGAUAAUGAAACAUCUACUGGUGAAGUGAUUGGUAGAAUGUCCGGAGAUACAAUACUUAUUCAAGAUGCAAUAGGUGAGAAGGUUGGAAAAUGUCUGCAAUUAGCUGCAACCUUCUUCGGUAGUUUUGUCGUUGCAUUUACCAAAGGUUGGCUUCUGUCACUUGUCCUGAUAGCGAGUUUACCUCUCACCGUCAUUGCCGGUGCCGCCAUGUCAUUGAUAAUAUUCAGAUCAUCAACCCGCGGCCAAAAGGCAUAUGCUGAAGCCGGCAUUGUUGUCGAACACACAGUCGGAUCCAUCAGAACAGUUGCAGCUUUCAAUGGUGAGAAGCAAGCAAUCGACGAUUACAAGCAGCUCAUCAAGAAAGCGUAUGGAGCUGUUGUCCAAGAAGGGAUCGCUGCUGGGGUGGGCAUCGGUUGCGUUCUAAUGUUCAUUUUCUGCAACUACGGUCUGGCUGUAUGGUACGGUGCCAAGCUCAUCAUCGAGAAAGGAUACAUAGGAGCAGAUGUUUUCAAUUGCAUGGUAACUGUCACGACUGGUGCAAUGUCUUUAGGUCAGGCAUCGCCAUGUCUGACCGCGUUCUCGGCAGGCCAAGCUGCAGCGUACAAAAUGUUCGAGACGAUCAAUCGAAAGCCCGAGAUCGACGUCUACGACACGAGUGGGAUCGUGCUGGAAGAUAUCAAGGGCGACGUUGAGUUAAAAGAUGUACGAUUCAGCUACCCAGCGAGGCCUGACCAGUUGAUAUUUAAUAGCUUCUCCUUGUUCGUACCAAGUGGCACCACCAUGGCUUUGGUUGGAGAGAGCGGCAGCGGGAAGUCAACUGUGAUCAGCCUGGUGGAGAGGUUCUACGAUCCCCAGGCCGGUCAAGUACUGAUCGAUGGCAUUGAUCUGAAGGAGCUGAGGCUGAAAUGGGUGAGGGAACGGAUUGGACUCGUCAGCCAAGAGCCUGUCUUGUUCACCACGACUAUUAGAGAGAACAUCGCCUACGGAAAGGAAGGUGCAACAGCUGAAGAGAUCCAGAGAGCAGCUAAGCUCGCUAAUGCUGCAAAGUUCAUCGACAAGAUGCCAAACGGGCUUGACACCAUGGUCGGCGAGCAUGGCACGCAACUCUCGGGUGGGCAGAAGCAGAGGAUAGCGAUCGCAAGAGUCAUUCUGAAGAACCCUAAGAUCUUACUUCUUGAUGAAGCAACAAGCGCGUUGGACGCUGAGUCGGAGCGGAUAGUGCAGGAGGCGUUGGAGACGGUCAUGACGAAUAGAACCACUAUCGUCGUCGCCCAUCGCCUGAGCACCAUCAAGAAUGCCGAUACGAUCUCGGUCGUGUCUCGUGGAGAACUCGUAGAACAAGGUUCACAUGCUGAGUUGAUCAAGGAUCCUUAUGGCUCCUACUCCCAGUUAAUACGGCUGCAAGAGUUCCAUGAGCAAGAGGAAGAAUCAAUGAUUCCAGAGUCUGAUGCCAUGGAUUUGAGUUAUAUAAGACGGUCCGGGAGCAGUAAUUUGUCCUCCAGGAGAUCCGUCGGCAGACGUUCAUCAUCACUCGGACGUAGCCGCAGAAACUCCAUGCAGGGUUCCCGCCCAGAAGGAGACAGACUCGACGAAGAGGGUGCCGACGAGGACGAGAUGGACAAAAAAGCUUCUGUUAGAAGACUGGCUUAUCUGAACAAGCCCGAGACGCUUGUGCUUGUGUUGGGAUCCAUAGUAGCUGCCAUAAAUGGCGUCAUUUUCCCAGUGUUCGGGAUUGUUAUUUCAAGCGUGCUCAAGACAUUCUACGAACCCCCAGAUGAACUCCGCAAGGACUCCAAGUUUUGGGCAGUGAUGUUUGUUCUUCUCGGAGUGGUCACUUUCCUUGUGUUGCCGGCGCAGCACUACCUCUUUGGAGUGGCUGGUGGGAAGCUGAUCGAACGAGUACGUUUCUUGUCGUUCGAAAGGCUGGUGCACCAAGAGAUCGGCUGGUUUGACAAGCCUUCCAAUACCAGCGGGCAAAUCGGCGCGAGGUUGUCAGCAGAUGCUUCGACCGUGCGAAAGCUUGUCGGAGAUUCCUUGUCCCUUGUAGUCCAGAACAUCGCAACAUGUAUCGCAGGGCUUGCGAUAGCACUGUUAGCAAACUGGAAGUUGGGGCUCAUAGUCCUCGUCCUGCUACCUUUGUUAAGUUUGCAGGAAUAUGCUCAGAUAAAGUUUCUUCGUGGAUUCAGUGAAGAUGCAAAGAAAAUGUACGAAGAAGCAAGUCAAGUGGCAAGCGAUGCGGUCGCCAGCAUCCGUACCGUGGCUUCGUUCUGUGGAGAGCAGAAUGUCAUGGAUGCUUACCUUAGGAAAUGCGAAGCUCCCAUGAAAAAUGGAGAGAGGCAAGGGAUCAUAAGCGGCUUGGGCUACAGUUUCUCGUUCAUUGCUCUGUACUGCACGUAUGCUUUGUGCUUCUACAUAGGAGCUCGGUUUGUGCACGACGCCCAGGCAAACUUCGCCCAGGUGUUCAGGGUGUUCUUUGCGCUAACCUUGGCAGCCCUUGGAGUUUCGCAAUCAAGCACAGCUGCUAGCGAUAUCAACAACGCCCGGGAUAGUGCUCGUUCUAUCUUUGCCAUUUUGGACCGGCAGUCGAAGAUCGAUUCGAGCACCGACGAGGGCGAGGUGUUGCAGAACGUGAGAGGAGACAUCAAGUUCCACCAUGUCAGCUUCAGAUAUCCAUCCCGUCCUCACGUGCAAAUCUUUAGAGACUUGUGCUUGAGUAUGCCCGCCGGAAAGACUGUGGCGCUCGUCGGAGAGAGCGGCAGCGGGAAAUCCACGGUCAUUGCGCUCCUGGAGAGGUUCUACGAUCCUGAAGCGGGCACAAUCUCUUUGGAUGGGAUGGACAUUGCGAAGCUGAAGGUGAGCUGGGUGAGGCAACAGAUGGGCUUGGUGAGCCAGGAGCCGGUGCUGUUCAACGGCACUAUACGAACCAACAUAGAGUACGGGAAGCAAGGACCAGUGUCGGAAGAGGAGCUGGUGGCGGCAGCGGAGGCCGCCGGCGCGCACAGGUUCAUCUCGGGCUUACCGCAGGGAUACGAUACGAACGUGGGCGAGCGAGGGGUGCAGCUGUCGGGCGGGCAGAAGCAGCGGAUCGCCAUCGCCAGGGCGGUCCUUAAGGACCCGAGGGUGCUGCUGCUGGAUGAGGCGACGAGCGCGCUGGACGCCGAGUCGGAGCGCGUGGUGCAGGAGGCGUUGGACCGCGUCAUGGUCGGGAGGACCGCCGUGAUAGUCGCUCAUCGGUUGUCGACCAUCAGAGGAGCUGAGACGAUCGCCGUGGUGAAGAACGGCGUCGUGGCCGAGAGAGGGCGACACGAUACGUUGAUGGGGAUCCAGAACGGCAUCUACGCUUCUCUUGUUGCACUGCAAACUAGUUCCACGUGAGGAGUAGGAGGAGAAUGCUGUGGUGGU